CAUGACACAGCUUUAACAUUGGCCUGUGUUGGCGGGCAUACAGAGUUAGUGGAGCUUCUCCUACAGUGUAAUGCUAACAUUGAACACAGAGACAAGAAAGGUUUUUCUCCAAUAAUCUUGGCUGCAACUGGAGGUCAUUUGUCAGUUGUUGAACUAUUACUCGACCACAAUGCAGACAUUGAGGCA